AUUGUACAAAUUUUGUUUCAGUGGCGAGUGUCUACUUUUGUGGAACUGUAUGGUGCAGGGAGAAUGGAGAACAUAACAGUUGAUGCUGACCAGUCAGAGGAACUCUUGAAGCUCUUGGAUUCUGUUGUUAUCAAGCUAGAGGGUGGAACAGAUUUGGACCUUCAAGUGUUGGACCAAGUCCCAGAAGAAGAUGUCAAACCACAGAUAGCUGAAGAAGAGAAGAAGCCAUUUAUUUUAGGAGAGGACUCUGAUGAGGGUGAGGAGAAAGAGGUCACUGAAGACAAGAAUCCAGAAGAACCGCUAAAGAUGGACAUGUCUGAGGAACAAAUGGAACUGCAGAAGAAAGCAAAGGAGUAUUUAAAACAGAAAGGCUCAGAUGGAGAGAAGGAAACACGUAAACGCAAACACUCCGAUAGCUCAUCCAGUUCAUCGAGUGAUUCAGAAGAUGAACGCAUGGAGGAGGAAAGCAAGGAACCACCACCACCGGGAAUGGAGAAAGAAGAAACAGAAACAAGUUCUACAAAAGAAAAGGAAGAUGAAGAAAAAGAGACAGUUAGCACUGAAGAAAAUGAAAUUGAAACUGAACCAAAAGAAGAUACUCCUGCUAAAGAAAAUGGACUGGAACCCCCAGGUGAAGAAGUUACCAAGAUUGAUGAUGAUAAAGGUAUGGGAAUUAUUGAAUAUCAGUAACAAGAAAAUGAAGUA